AUGAACGCUACUGUCAUCUGCAUGAUAUUUCUGAUACAAGCGACCUACCCUACGCUGGGUCCACAUAUCCAAAAAUUCUACGCCCCUAUCGACAAGGCCUUUGGUCUGCUAACUGAUCUCUUACUCAACUUGGCGUUCAUAUGGAAGGUCCAUCAUGAACUGAUCGCCAACGGUCUGACAAAAUAUCGAUUGUUGUUCAAUCUCAACAUCGCUGCUAUAAUACUUUCGCUGUCUAUGGAUGUAGGUCGCAGCGUAUUUCCUUCAUUCAAGCCGUUUCCGAGAACUGCCUUAAGAGCAUCGCUGAUUCGUCGUACAAAGAUCGCCCUCCUUGUCGUUGUGCUUGUUCUACCGAAUUCCUUUAUUUACACUUGUAUCCACCCGAUAGUCUAUAGUGUCAAACUUGCCAUUGAACUGAUGAUGGCAGAUCUGAUAGUCCAGGUCACGCAAGAGCAAUAUCAAAUGCCGGAAAUUUAG